AGCUCAAACCGUGAGUGAUGGCCAUGUAAGCUCGGUGUAUGAAACCAACAUCGAGGACUACGACUCAACCUACGUCCCGGAGACGGAGCAUGAGGAGACCCCGUAUGAUGGGGGUGACACUUACACCGAUGAUGAUGAUGAAGAGAGUGAUGCCCGCUUCGCCCAAAUGGGCAAAUUACUAGAGUGGUAUCAAAAGGAGAAACUGAGGAGAGACCUUAGGCGCCAAGCGAGGCGUGGCUCUCGUGGUGGUUCGGGUCAAGGAAGCCGGGGAGCUUCCGUGGCCACCCCAGCGGCGUCACAAGGCGGGCGUGAAGGAGGUUUUGUUGUGAGAAUCUCCAAGUACCUCAAGGAGGCUAGGGCCUUGGGGUGUAGGUCCUUUGACGGCACCGGUGACAUUACCGUGGCCGCCGAUUGGAUUAAGAAGGUGAAGGAUGCAUCAAGAGACAUGCAAAUCACACCGGACGUGAAGUUGACUGUCGCUUCACGGCUACUUGAAGGGAUAGCUUCUACGUGGUGGGAGAGCGUGGAAGGGAAGUACCAUGGGGAAAUAACAUGGGCGGAUUUUGAGCUAGAAUUCUAUGCUCAAUACUACUCCGAGUACGAGGUGAAUGUGAAACGGAGAGAGUACACUAACCUCAAACAAAAAGAUGGCGGCACAGUUAAGCAGCUGGAACAAGAGUUUAGAACCUUGGCUAGGUUCUUGCCAGAGUACGCGGUUGAUGAGAACCGUAUGACGGAGCACUUUUGGGACGCCCUACUCUUGGACAUCCGUGAUCGGGCUACGUACUCGCGCCACAUGACCUUUAGCGAGGUGGUGGAGCAGGGCCUUCUUGGGGAGGCCCAAUGGAACGAGAGGAAAGCAAGGGACGCCGAAGAGGCGAAGAAGAGGAAGUGGAAUAAUUCGGGGCCACCCGAUCAUUCUCGAAGGAACAACCACGGGGGUGGUGGUGGUGGUGGCGGUGGUUCAUUCAAGACGCCGGCUCCACCGGCAAAGAAGAAUAGGGAUGCGAGGUGGCACGGACCUAGGCCACAGAACUCGGGGCCACCUAGAUGUCCCAAUUGCUCAAAACAACACUUUGGGAAGUGCAAUGAACCACCAAGGUGUUUUAAGUGCGGGAAUGCGGGCCAUAUGAAGGCCAAUUGCCCUCAAUUGAUGCAAGAGAGUGC